AUGUGGACAUUAUUUUCACUUAUAGUUCUUUUGUCAGUUAAAGGCUCAGAAAGCCAGCGUUGCCAAUGUGAUACCUCAGAACCUGUGUGUUUUUUACCACACGAAAAAGACUGCAAGCAGUUCAUAUUCUGUAUUAACGGGAUUUCACAUUUUCGACGAUGUGCGUUUGGCACGUUUUUCGAUCCAGACAGAAAGUUAUGCGCAUUUUCAGCAGAGGUAGCAUGUUCCGCAGAUCCCUGUGUUAAAGACUCCUCUUUGAAGUCUUAUUUUGAUGGCGACGGUCAUUGUAAGCAUUACUGGCGGUGUGCGGAGGGAAAAUCAUCCCCCGACUGCUGCGCGAACGGAAUGGGGUACGAUGAAAGUCUUCAAGCAUGUGUACAAUCAGAUAUGUGUACAACUAAAUGCGAAGUUGGACCAUCGGAGAAUGUAAAUGCAAAUACUGAGCAACCACCAGUAGAAACACAAACAGAGAACCCAUUCCCUGUUAUGACUACAACACGGCCAGAAACUGUUGCGGGCUGCAAGCUCCGAAUGAUUCGCCACAAUGGACGUGGGUUCUACCAUAUUGACAGGGAAAAUGAACCGCUUUCCUGUCCCGAAGGCACCAAAUUCAGCGAGACAGCAUGCGGUUGUGUUGAUUCUAGAUACAAGCCCACCUGCAAGCUGGAAGUCCUUAUCUCGUUCGGAAAAUCUGGUGGAAAAAUAGAAAAUCGAGCCACUACUAUCUUUAUUGGUCAUGAUAACCUCGACAUUCUACGUGGGUUUGGACUUUUUAAAGGAGAUUCUCAGAUUACAGUGCCUUUUUAUACUGGAAAUGAUAAUUUGUCAAGAAAAUUCGGAUUCCAAAUACGCCUUUACGUCCUACAACCUAAAACAUCUGAUGAGCAGACUUUGCUCUCCAACUGUGACGACACAGAGAAUCAUAUGUCGUCACUGGAGAUUAAGCUCGACCCUCUCCAAGGGUUAAUGAAAUAUAGGGCCAGGAGCGCCGAUGGAGCCUGGACUGAACUCGUAUUGCCUUAUAAGGUAAAGGUCUGGACCAAUGUUCUGUUUAUAUUCAGUGGAACAGAUCUACAAGCAAUGCUUCAGUAUGUCGAUCCGGCUACCAAUAAUGUAGUUGAGGAGGUUCAAAAGCGCGCAUUUACAAACACCCUGAAGGUCAGCCCAGGACCAUUAAGAGUAGGAGGCUGCAGUGGAUUAUCUGGCGUCCAGGCAUUUGUCGAUGAGAUUGCCGUCUCAUUUUGCAAAAUGGACUUCCCAGAAAACAACAAACCAUGA